AUGAACGGGCUCGUCGAUACCGUGCUCACGGUGGGCGGCACACCCGGACCCGGCCCCUUCCCGCGCACGCGCACGCGGUCCGCAUCCCAACCGCCGAAAAACAGACCGAUAUCCGUCCUGGCGGCGCAAGCAGGAGAGACGAGCAGCAGCAGCAACAAGCGCCCGUCGUCGUCCGGCGGGGGACUGAUGGCGCGGUCGUCGAGUUUGUUGCAGGGCGCGGGCCGGAGCCGGCUUGCGUUGCGGAAGCGGACGACGAGCACGAGCGCGGGCAGCCCGUCUGUGUCUGUGUCUACGUCGCCGGUGCUGCCGCCCGCGAGGCCGGUGAAGAGCCCGUUGCGAGGGGAACCGGGCGUGCCUGCUGGUGGAGGUGCUCGGUCUGCGGCGGCCGUGACGAUCCUCGCGCCGACACCCAUCUCGCACCACAACAUGCAGCCCUCGCCGGCGCCUACGCGCGCGCCGAGCACAGGGCCGUUUGCGGAUUUUAUGCCGCUCAGGAAACGGGCGAGCACGAAGCAGCGCAGGGCGUCGACCCAGAUCGCGAGUCCUUCGCCCCCGCCGCUGCCGCAGACGCCGGGGCUGGAGAAGGGAAAGGGUAAAGACGUCACUGUCGCCGGGCCAGAGUUCAGCACGGCCGACCGGACGAUCCUCGAGGAGCUCAGGCGCGGGCUCUCGGCUCGCUCGUCCCAGUUUGUGUUCAAGCACGGGCGGAGACACCACGCUUAUGCGUGCAAGGCGGCGCCCUAUCCGCGCAACUACGAGCGGGACGUGAUCGACCACGACGUCUGGGAGACGCUCUUCACGCGCCAGCUCUCAAACAGCCUCACCUUUCAUGUAUUCGACGCCCCGCCCCAGAAGGUCCUCGAUCUCGGAUGCGGCACAGGCGCCUGGAUAUUGGAGUGCGCAAAGGUCUGGCGGGACACCGAGUUUGUCGGCAUGGAUCUCGUGCCUCUCCAUCCGGACGUCAGAGGAGAGCUCGGCGGGAGGAUCAGAUGGGUGCAGGAUAAUGCGCUGGACGGGCUGCCCUUUGCCGAGGACGAGUUUGACUUUGUGCACGUAAAGCGCAUCGCGAGAGGUGUCCCAGAGGACAGGUGGGAUCACUUGCUCGACGAGAUCUCGAGGGUCAUGCGGCCAGGCGGCGCGCUCGAGAUACUGGAAGAGGACCUGUUCUUCCCCGGCCAGCCGCGCGAGUCUUCGCCCCCGCCCUCUCCCGCCCCGUCUUCAACAUCGGCAGCGUUCACAGCCUCUACAUCCUCUCUACCAUCUCCACCCCAGCCUCUGCUUCCGAUAACGCCCGCAUCCUCCCCACCGACAGCCUCGGCGACUUCUCUUUCGUCAUCUCUGCUGCCUUCUCCAAUGAAGCGUCGUGCACCAUCUCUGCCUCCUCAAAAGCGCGCAUCGACGAACGCGCCCAACGCGCUGGAAAGAGCGACCACGCUCGAUGCGCCAGAGCUGCCAUUCUUCUUGGGCACACCUAGUACGCUACCCAUGGCCUUCGCCGCUACACCUGCGCUGCCCGUUCCACCACGCAAGACGGCUAUAAGCACCACAUCUGCUCCCUCGCAUGCCCAUACGCAUUCCACCCCUGCAAGCCCUGCCGUACCUCCUUCAAGUAUGCCACAGGGUGCACAAGCCCAGUCGGAUCGUCUGCAAAUGACGAAGCGACCGAGCUUCAUACGUUCGUUGAGCAAUCCAUCUGCAAGGAGGGCCCCAGAUGAGAAGGAGAAGGAGGUAGCGACAAAGGAAACUGCAGCAGCGGAGAGCACGAGCGCGGGUUUGGUCAGGAAGGCCAGCGCAGUACUGCUCAGGCGAAGCGGAGAAGGCGACGGUCUACGCUUCGGCCAAAACAAAGAGUCGACCUCUCGCGAUAUAUCCCAAGAACGCCCCCCCGGAACGAGCGCGGAAGUCACAGACGUCAAAGGCGCGCUGGGCGUCCGCAUACCGAGCGCAACGCUCUUCGGGCCGGACGACACGACCGCCGACCGGCUGCUCAGCCCCGAGUCCGAGGUGCCGCAGAGCUCCAUCGCGUCGUCGCUGCAGGUCUCGCAGCCGAACUCUGCGACGUCGUUGCAUCCGAGCUCGCAAAGGAACUCGAUUCUGCGGCCGAAUGCUACGAAUACGCAUCGGCAUUCGUCGAACGCGUCGUUGUCUUCUGUUGCGUCGUAUGCGUCGCAUGAUGGGCUGCCUUCGCAUACACGUACGGCGUCUAAACUACGCGUUCCCGCUGCACCUCGCGCUUCGUCUUCGACCGAUCUCGCUGGUCUGCCAUCUUCGACACUAGGAUCUAGCUACGGCCUGAUCCCGCUCUUGCCGGAAGAUAGAGAAAAGGAAAUAUCGGCGCGAAAUAGUGUUUCUGGCGCGAUCGCGCUGGGAGGCGGGAGUGGGAGUGGUGGGUUGGCGAAGGAGGAUGAAGGGAGAAGGAUGGGCGUGCAGGAUCCGAGAGAUCAUAGUGUGCUCGAGCACAUAUACUCGGAGAUGCACGCUGAGCGGUUCAUCAACCUCGCCCCGCUCAGUCUGUUGGCAAACUCUCUCCCUCUGUACUUCAAAGACGUCCGCACCCACCCCCCAAUAACAUUCAUGUUCCCUCCCCGCCC